AUGAAGAUUCAAAGCCAUUUGAUGUGGCUUGCCCACGUUCUUCCGGCGGUUGCACUCACCAUCACCGCCCCUGCUCAGACAACUUCCUCUCCAGCCCCGCUCUUGGGUUGUGGUGAGAACUUGAUUAAGGAUGUGGCUUUUGAGACUAUUAAGCUCGAUGAUAGUUUGUGGACCGUCCUGCCGCCUAACGGUGGUGCCGCUGUCGAUGGAUACCUGCAUUUGAGUGCUGAAGCUAUUCAAUCGCAGACCUUGUUGACCCAGACAGUCACCGACGCCAUUGCAGAAGAGAGUUAUAUUGUCUCUUUCGAUUACCGCCAGACAGCUGGCUCAGUUAUUGAUAGGACAGCCUGUACCGUGAAUCUCAUACUCAAUGGAGAAGAUGUCGGCACUAGUACUCUCACAGCCGGUUCCUGGAAGACCAUCUCCAAGCAAUGGACAGCUGCUAGCUCAGAAGUCGACAUGCUCAUCUUAAUCGAUUGCCCUGAUGCAGCGAUCUCAGGCACAACAGUGGAUUUGAACAAUAUCUCGUUCAAGAAGAGCUGUGGCUCAUCCAGCUCGAGUAGCGCCUCGGUCUCUACCAAGACCCCAUCGGGCUUGCCUGUUACUAACAGCACUCCGACCGCUUCUUCUACCUCCUCAUCUGGUCAUUCUAGCUCCGAGGGAUCGGGGUCUUCAUCGCACAUCUCCCCAGCCUCGCCAAGUAUCACCGACCCUAUUACCUUGACAAUCACUAUUACCGGGUCCGCAACCCCCGCCUCCAGCAGCGCCAUCGAGUCCACCACGCUGGAAACUCCUACGCCAGAUAUGACAACCUCUACUGUCUUCACCACCCGCACUGCGACUAUCACAGCCUGUCCCUCGACUGUCACCAAGUGCCCAGCCAACGACAAGACAACCCACAUUACAACUGAGACUAUCCUCGUCUCGAUCACCGUCUGCCCUGUUGCAGACGCAACGACUACUAUCAAGGGGCCCAGCCCCACCGGCCCAUCUGGCAGCGGCAACGGCAACGACCACACUAUCUCAACAAUCCUCUCAACCAGAACCGUAACCCUAACCCAGUGCCCGGCAACAGUGACCGACUGCCCAGCCCGCGACCAGACAACACAUAUCACCACGGAGACUGUCGUUGCCGGUACCACUAAGGUCCCCAUCAACACCGCCGUGACCACCACGGAACCUGGCGCAGUGCACACAUCGCCUGUUGUUGCUGGCACAGGCACCACUACCAUUGAAGGAGGUGCUGUCAGUGAGACUGAUGCUCCUCAUGUUGGCGGAAAUGAAAAUAGUUCCGGAGUGUCGACGGGUGAAGGUGAAGGUUCUACCGGCUCUGGCUCAAACGUCUCCACUGGUAACAAUACCGGCCACCUCUCCAACCUACCCGGCAUCACACGCACGCGUAUCAGCUCAGCUAUACCUUCAAGCCUCACUCGCAUCCACUCAGCCACGGUCAAGGCUUCGUCCGCCACAGCCUCUUCUCCUACAGGCGCAGGUGCAGGCGCAGGUUCCGGUUCUACUACCAACAGCAGCCCGACGAGUACGUCACCCGCGUUCAACGGUGCUUCGUCAUUCACUGUUUCCAGCGCCGUGUCUGCCCUUGGUGCCAUCGCGGCUCUCGCGCUUUUCCUUUGA